GAGAGAGGGAAAAAAACCUUUCCACUUAAACAAAGUCAUACAGAACAACAACAUUUUCAUUUUUGGAUGAACUCCGCCUGGUGCCUGCAACUAAAGUACAUGCACUGUGAUCAUAAGAGGUCAGUUUGAGGUCUUUCUCAUGGGUGUGUUUGGGCAAGAGGUUCAUAUAGUUCUCUUAUGAAAGUGAGAUCACUCAAAUAUUCAAGCCUGGUGGAAUUAGGAAGGAAGUCUACUCCUUCCUCACAUUGUGGGCCACAGGAAGGGGUGGCUGUCACCCACUGACAGACUUUUCCUCCUGAAUAGCACACAUUGCCCUGCUCACGGGCCGGGCAAACACUUCUUCAUUAGCCUAGCUGACUUCUCCAAACUCUUUGCUCUGCUACUAGAGUUGUCUUUUUAGGUGUAGCUGUUAUCAUGGCAACCAGUGCGGUCCCUAGCGACAACCUCCCAACGUAUAAAUUGGUGGUCGUGGGAGAUGGAGGCGUGGGAAAGAGUGCUCUUACCAUCCAGUUUUUCCAAAAGAUUUUUGUGCCAGAUUACGAUCCUACUAUUGAAGACUCCUACUUGAAACACACAGAGAUCGAUGGCCAGUGGGCUAUUUUGGAUGUUUUAGACACAGCAGGUCAAGAGGAAUUCAGUGCCAUGCGAGAGCAGUACAUGAGGACUGGUGAUGGUUUCCUCAUUGUGUUCUCUGUGACGGACAAGGCCAGUUUUGAACACGUCGACCGCUUUCACCAGCUCAUCCUACGAGUCAAAGACCGGGAGUCUUUCCCUAUGGUUUUGGUGGCUAACAAAGUGGACCUGGUGCAUCUGAGGAAAGUGACAAAUGAACAGGGCUGUGAGAUGGCAGCCAAACACAACAUUACUUACAUUGAAACAAGUGCCAAGGAUCCUCCAAUGAAUGUGGACAGAGCCUUCCAUGAAUUAGUCAGAGUUAUCAGAGAGCAAGUUCCAGAGCGGAGUCUGAAAAAGAAGAAAAAGACAAAGUGGCGUGGAGACCGAGCCAUGAGUUCUCACAAGCUUCACUGUGUGAUAUUGUGACUACCUCUCCAGUCGAAAUCAUCAGUGUUUGGCGACACAAACUGCCAGAGAGGACAGACUAGAGAUCUGCACUAAUCAGAGGACCACAGCCUUUAUCAAAAGAACUGGCAUGAAGUCAGACUAUCUCUUCCUGUCUCAGGGAAGCAUAUUAGGUGAGUCAAGGGAACACUGCUGCCAGACCAGGGAGGAGAAAUCAGUACAACACGUCUGAUUUGAAGCACUGCCGGAAACAACACAAAUCACAGCCAAUCAGAAAAUAUCUGAUGUUUAAAUUUUAAAGACCAAUGAGAUCUAGAAAGAUCCACCAUACCUAAACCAUGCCCCAUUCACACACCUACAUUUAAAACUGUCUGCAGCUUCCAAACAUUCAUAGAAUUCUGUGGAUGAUUGUUUUGCAGAGCUGUUUGAACAUUGUUUUCAGUAGUUACUACAAUUAUUAAGGAAUAUUGUUGUUUUAGCCUUCAAGGAAGUCUCAAAUCUGCCUUACAAAGGUAUAUUUAUUGACACGUUUGGAAUAUGUAGCUAUAAUAGAACUUGUUUAAGAAGACGUAAGUGUUAUUGAGUGAUAUGUUGUCAACAUGGUUAAGCACAAUAGGUACUGACAUGAUUGAAGGGCCCAUUGCACUAGCAAGAUUUUUUGCACUUUCAGUAUUUACUCAUGGGCUUUUGUUGUUUAAAAUUGCCUUGCGAUUUUGAUUUUGUUGCACAUUUACAGUACAGGUGCCCUAAGCCAUUAUUAUACAUUUUUAUAAUAGUCAAACAGAAAAUGCCCUCAACUAGCUGACAGAUAUUCAAUAAAUAGGUUCUGAUCACAUGUCCUGGUGACCGCUCUGUACAUCAGAAACACUCCCCCAUAUAUAUACUAUAAUUUGUAUAAUGAAAAAGUAACAUGGUUUCAUCACAACUAUUAAGCAGCACAACUGUUAUUGAUAGUAAUAAAAAAAAUUAUUGAGCACUAAAUCUGUUUAUAAGAAUGAUUUCUGAAAGAUGAUGUGACACUGAUAACUGGAGUAAUGGUUUGCCAAUAAAGGAAUACAUUACACGUAAAAAAAAAUAAAAAAAUAUAUAUAUAAAUUUAUUUUCAUAUUGUAAAAAUGUUUGUUUUCCUGUACUUUUGAUCAAAUAUGCAUCAAAAAUCCAGCCUUGUUGAAUAUAAGUGCUCUUGCGAUUUCAACAUUUUAAACGGUUGUGUACCUUUUAUUUUUCUCCAUAUGUCAUAUAUGAUUGAAUGUUGCUGAGAGUAAAGAGAGAAGAGUAUGAUUCUGCUGGACAGGUUAUAUUUUAUGCUUGAUCAACCUUCGGUGUUCAUCAGUUUGUCAGACCUUCCUGUGCCUCAGUUUCCUCUGUGUUGGACCAAUUUAUGUGCCUGUGCCAGUGUGAUAAUGAUCAAUUUCUUAAUCACUGGUUUCUCUAACUGUUCCCAAAGGACAAAGAAGCUGAGCCCAUCUGCGGUUAAAAAACCAGGGACCCUUAGCCAAAUGUUAUGUUGUAUUGUUCAAUACCGCUGUGCUUUGCUCUCAUAAAUAAAUCAGUAAGGAACCAUAUCAACCCUUGCUGUUAUCUGUUGAAUGAGGAGUUUUUAGUUGUUAUUGUUGAGAAACUUCAGGUCUAAUGAGCUAGAGACUACAACAUAUCCGGAUGCAAUGUUAAUGACAUUGGUUUAAAUGGACAGAGAUGGAUUUCCAGAUGUUUUACAGUGUAUUAGACUCUCCUAAGUAAAAUCACAGCACUCUAACAAUACAUUCCAUUUUGAUCCCCUACAAUUAUUGUUGUAACUUUUUAUUUUUUUCUUUGGUUGGUCAUCUGCAUUAAACACUCCAUAAUCAGAGCCCUGCUGGCAGUGAUGUCAUCAACCGGUGAAGUAGUUCACCUCUGUAUAUGAGAUCAGAGAUCAUAUUAAUCCAAUUCCAUGUUGUUAUAUUAUAUGAUAUAAUAGAUCUGGACGAGCUUUGUUAAGCAUUAAUCAUUGUUUACAUGCACUGCUUGUAAAUGAGGACCUGAGUUGUUUUGCAUUCAAAGGUCAUCAUGGGUCUAAUGGAUUUCUGUUGCCAAUUUGUUUUUGUUUUUUUGAGAAUGAAAGGAAAUAUUGUGUUGUAUUACAUUUCACUUGUUUUACAAUGUUAAUGUUUAUUUAAUAAGAAACGUCUCAAUCAUAAUGAACGUUUGUUCAAUUAAAGAAGCACGUCAGGUUGGUUAUUGCUGUGCAACAAAUGCUUUGUUUGCUCCAUUUUUCCCCCUGAUAAGUUUGUUUUAAUAUGCAUGUCAUUAUGAUAAGGAUGCUCUGCUUCGUUUCAAGUGACUCGGAAGUAAAUGACAUGCCAAGUUGCCUUGGGUGGUUUAUGGUUUUUAAAUAAAAGAUUCUUCAUACACCGUGAA